UUUUGCUGUUGUUGUUGUUUUAGGUGAAAUCCAUAAUGUCAGUUCUAAAGCUUGAAUCUUCCUUUUCUUUCAGACCACUAAGGCUUUUCUUCCUACCAUGCUGGAGAUUAAUCAUGGUCAUAUUGUGACAGUUGCAAGUUCCUUGGGACUGUUCAGUACUGCUGGAGUUGAGGAUUACUGCGCCAGUAAAUUUGGAGUCGUGGGUUUUCAUGAAUCCCUGAGCCAUGAGUUACAGGCUGCGGAGAAGGAUGGAAUUAAAACCACGCUCGUUUGCCCUUACCUUGUAGACACUGGCAUGUUCAGGGGCUGCCGAAUCAGGAAAGAAAUUGAGCCUUUCCUGCCCCCUCUGAAGCCCGAUUACUGCGUGAAGCAGGCUAUGAAGGCCAUCCUCACCGACCAGCCCAUGAUCUGUACCCCCCGCCUCAUGUACAUCGUGACUUUCAUGAAGAGCAUCCUCCCUUUCGAAGCAGUUGUGUGUAUGUAUCGCUUCCUAGGAGCGGACAAGUGUAUGUACCCCUUUAUCGCUCAGAGAAAACAAGCCACAAACAACAACGAAGCAAAAAACGGAAUCUAAGGAUCUUUUUUGUAUGGAAUAUCAUUUCUACCAGAAGACGAUCAAGAUAUCUCAGUGCGACCCACAUCAGCAUGACUGAUACUCUCUGGAUUCUAAAUCCGCGUUGACUUUUUUUUUUUUUUUUUUUUCAAAUCAACUUUUUAAAAAAAUAAAGUGUAAAUUAACCAACUAGAGUGCUUGGAAAACGUGAUCAGCGUAAGUGAGCUUAAGUUGUUGCCAAUGGGGUCCUUUUCAGGCAGAACCCUAAAAACCAGUCUUAUCUUUUAGACAAGCGCUGUGUGAUGUCUCCAGGCUACCAUUAUUUUUUCUGAAUGAGCAGGAAGUCUCGAGAUGAUAACGACAGUGUGUUUCAUGUGUGUGGUUUUUCUUAAUUCCCAUAGAGUUUAUAAUUCUUGUAAUUAAUCUCUAGCCAAUUGACACCCUUGCAACUUCAAGGACUGAUAGUGCUAUAUUUUCUCAUGUUUUCGAAGUUUCAGUUUUGCAAAGCCUGUGUGGCUGCUUCAUUGUGUUUGUAUGUACAGCUCUUUUAAAAUGGCAUUUUGAAAUCUCUAUCAAUUGGAAGUAGACGAUGAUGUCUGAUUGUUACAGUAAAGGUGAUCAGGUCUCUUUGUUAAAGUCAUAACGACUACAGUGUUGGUCGAAUUUUAAAAUGAGUCUCUGAGAUCUUUCCUUGAGUAUCUAUUCCCCUGGAGACCUAUUUAUCCAAAAAAAGAUCAUACAUUUUCUACCUAUGAAUUUUGCUGCAUACAGAAAGUGCCCUUUCCUCAGGAAGUUGCUAUGUUUCAUUUCUUUGGAUGGACUUUGAUCUAGAAUACAUAGCAGCUCUGCAAAGAAACAGUUUCUAAAAAUGGGAACUUCUGCAUUUAAAAACGUCCCCAUUUUUGUGCCAACUAUGAUUAGCAAGGGGGAAAAAAUCUUACACUAUGGAGUACAUAUGGAAGGGUGUAAAGAUUCUUUUGAAAGUUUUAUUCACAUUGUAGAACAGUAAAUGACAUUUUUACAGUAUUUUUUUGUAAAGCAAACUAUUUUGUGCCUUGAAUUUGGUAAAUGUGUAUUAGUGAAACGUUGUAAAAGUGAACUUCUACCUCUGUAUCUAAAUGUAUACCAUCCACUUGUAAAUUACUAUAAACUAUUAUGUGAUUGCUUUUUUUUUUUUUUUUUUUAGAAUGUCCUGUUUAAAUAGUGACCAAUGUUUUAGGCUAUUAAA